GGAGGGGGAAGUGGGGGGUGACGUAACCCACGUAAGACUCCGUGUCACGGCCGCGGCACGAGAGCUCCCUCCCUGCUCCUUCAAACCGUGGGAGGAAACAUGUAGACAACAGUCCGAACCAAAUAGUCUAUACAUUGGCCAUCACGCAAAUGAACGAUACGAAAAUGAACUCUAUUCAAAGCGUUCAGUGUUUACAUCAUUGAUGGUCGGAUGGUCGGGAGCAAUCAACGGCGCCACACGCGCCAUCUUGCUAAAGUUAGGUCUUCCCCGGUCUUCCCUCAUGACGUAGAAAACUAACAAUAUUUUGUUUUCAUCUGAUCCUGACUAAAACGUUAAAUCCAAUGACAAUUGCCCCAUGAGAUUUAUUGCGAAAAAUGAAAUCGUAGUGGAGUGUAAAUAGCCCGCUAGACUGCAAAUAGUAUCUCUGUCUGUGCGUGUAACUACUUCCGCUCUCCUGACCUCCCCCACCUAACCUAACUAACUUGACAGUAAACAAAGUCUGCUAGCUUUCACAAUGAGAUAUGUUUUGGUUAUAUAUAUUGAAACAACUUGCUGAAAUUAGAACUAUUUAUUUUAUUCUUUACGGAAAGUAUGGACUCUUUUUUGGUUAGUCAUUCAUGACCAAUGAUGAUACCCAAUUUUAGAAUACUCAAAAACUGCUAUGUUGUUUAGAUCUGGAGGGUAUCAAUAACUUAAUUUAGUUUUGUGUUAAUAUUAAAAGUCAGCCCCUGCAAUGGAGGGGACUGUAGCCGAUGAACAAAAGAAGGAUUUGUCAGGAAAAGAUAACUCUAAUUGGGAGUCGGAGGCAUGUGGUCUCAUUUAUAAAGGAGGCGACUGUUGCUUAAAUAGCUGUGUGUUUACUUCGGAUCAUUAUCACUGUCAAGGUUGUGGAAUAGGGACAGCUGAGGUCUCACAAGCACUUGCACAUGUUCGAACUUCACAAGGAUGCCGCAAGGAUUCACUUGUUCACUAUUCUGCAUCUCCAGUUGGAAUGGCUACAGAUCCCACAAAUUCAUUGUACAAUGCAAUCUAUAAUGGGUUCACAUCCCAAAACUCCUAUUCAGCUCCAAGCUUCAGUAGCUUCGGUCAAAUGGAUUCAUUUCAGUGGCAUCCCACAAUGUCCGACAAGGUUGCAAUUUGUAGUACACAAUUGAGUCCUUGCUGCAGUUCUAAUGGUGGGACUUACAUACCCGUUGAGAGUCAACUUUGCUCUCCCAUCAGUGACUUGUACUCAAAGGUAACUGCCCCAAUAAGAGACCUUGUGAGUUUGCCUGCAAAAAGUUCUGGAUCAGCCAUAGAUCAGCCAUGGUUUGCAGCCUACAAUCCUCAACAAAUUCCAAAAAAUGGUUUUAAGUUUUCUGAUCAGAACCCUCCACCUCAAAUUAGUUUUAUACUGUUGGAUCCAUCUGAUCAAAAACACCAAGAAAUUGGAGAAACAAGUACCAAUAUGCCAACUAAUUUCUGCUCAAAGUCAGACAUUAGUGGGAAGGAUAUCCAUAAAGAGUCGUACUGUGCAUACACUUCACAACCUUUACCUGGGAUGUUGUCAGAAGAUGCACUUUUCUCUCUUCAACUUCAAGACGAAACUUUAAAACAGGCUGAUCUCCAACAACAAUCUGUAUCUCAAAUUCUUCUUAGUGAUGUCAAUCUGCCAGGCAAAAAUAUUCCACCAGUUGAAAAUAUGGCCACUACUUCUAGAGUGGACACUCACUUCACUCAAGAACACUUUGGUCAAUACAUGUCAAGCUGUAGUGCUUACUCAUCUCAAAUUCAAGAUGACAAUAAUCUGGAGAAUCAACCAUCAUCAGCAGCUAGUGAUAGCGAUGAAAGUGAUAUCAUUGUUGAGGAUACAGGAGAUGAUCUUGGGUCCCAAAUGACAGAGAGUGAGAUAUUUAUUGAAGAUAUAAAAUGUUCCCUUUUACAAGGUGUUGAAGAUGAAAAUUCCUCAAUGAGAAAUUCUGAUGUUUUAAGAGAUAAAAGUGGUGUUGUUCAUCCAAGGCAAGAUAUUAAAUCUUGUGGAACAUUGCAAGAAACAAAAAUGCAAGCUGAGUCCCAAAUUAAAAGCUGUAUGUCAUCCUAUCAUACUUUAUUGAAAUGUGUUGUGUGUGAAAAAAGUGUCUCGGAUGGCAAUCCCGGCAGUGUUUUGGUUCAGAUGAAUAACCAAAUGCCUCUAACAACAAGUUCUCACACUCCAGUUCUAACUAAACUUAAUGAGGUUGUAGCUAUAGAAGUUACAGAUUUUCUGGAUGUCAAUGGAAAGUUUAUGUGUCAGAGCUGUUUUAAGCUGGUUGACACAGUUGAUAGUCUGGAAAGCAAGCUGGAAUCUCUGAAACAAGACAUAGCAGCACUGAUCAAAACUGGUUCAAAGCCACUUAUUAUAAGACACAACCCGUGUGCCAAACUGGCUGUUGAUUUGUUGGAACCAAAUCAGUCAACUAUUAUGAAUGUUUCUUCCAAAGUAAAGGGCUCUUCUAAUUCUGGUGUUCAUGAACUCCUUCAAGACUCAAUAAUUGAAACUUCUAGUGCUGAGAAAUCUGUGAGGAAUACAGAGCAUGGAUUGGGAAAUAAUGUGGAGCAAAGAGAUUAUCUGCUUCUCUCUGGUAGGGCCCUAUCAUUAGCUAACAGUAUUGACAAAGUAAGCCUAUCCUUGGGCCAGCACCAUCCAGUAGAACUUGUUGUGCAAGGAGAACCGUGUGUUGCACAGCCACCUAUUCAUGUUACGGAAUGUAAUGUUCCUAAAAUUUCAGACGUGUCUCCCAGUCAUUAUCAAAUAAAUUCAGUUGAUUCUAUCUUAAAAGAAAGAGAGACAAUUAGUUCGCACGUUGGUAACUAUAUUGCUAGUCAUGGUAACCAAGAGACAGUUCUAUCAUGUACAGAAAAUAGGAAACAAAUUUACCAUCUGGCACCAUGUGAAAAAACAGGCAUAAAAUUGUCUAAGAUAAGAAGAUCAGAAAAUCCAAACAUGGCAGAACUAAGGGCACCUCACAGCUCUGAAUGCACUAUGGAAAAUUGUCAUGAAAUUUUGCGAUUAGAACAAAAAUUGCAAGAAAAUCCCCAAAAGAUCUUAAAUACAUUUGAGAAGUAUGCUUGCAAUUUAUGUUGUGAAACUUUUGCUUCGAAUGACCUGCUUGGAAACCACCAAGCUAAAUUUCCUGAAACAGAUCCUUCUUUGUGUGAGGUUUGUGGGCAACUGUUUCACAACCAAAUACAAUUGGACGAUCACCUGUUUAAAAUUCAUUAUAUUUAUCAAAAGCAUUGUGAAUUAUGUGGGGUGAAAGUUCAUCAUCCAUGUAUGUAUGAAGUCCAUAUGAGGGACCAUCCUGAUGGGAAGGUGAUUCUGUCUUCGACAAAUGCUGACACAUUUUCUGUUGGAGUCACCUUACCAACAUCCUCUGGAUUUAUGGAAAAGAAUUUUGCUAAGUGUGAUAGUUGUGACCAGGCAUUUUCAUCUCUAAGUUAUUUGGAAAAUCACAUCAAAACUAAACAUGCACCAAAGAAAAUGUUAUCAAAAUGUGAUCAGUGCGACAGGAGCUAUACUAAACCGAGUGACCUCCAGGCGCAUAGAAGAAGUCAUUCAAAUGCAAAAAAUUUUGAAUGUAAAAUAUGUGGACGGCGCUACAAAAGUCUUGGUAACUUAAAUCACCAUGCUAAAACCCAUGAUGUCAAAAAGCCAUACACUUGUGAAAUUUGUUCCCAAGGAUUUAUUCGUAAAGACUUUUUUGAAACACAUAUAAAUUCUCACAAAGAUAACAAACCUUACAAAUGUGAAAAAUGUAACAAAGGGUUUUUGAGUAAAUCUUACCUUCAAGUGCAUUUGAAAUGGCACCUUGAUAAAAUUAAGAAAGUUACAUGUCCCAUUUGUCAUAAAACAUAUUCCCAGAGACUUAAUGUGCACAUGCGUAGUCAUACUGGAGAAAGACCCCAUCCAUGCAUCGAGUGUCCGAAGAGAUUUAUCACAGGAAGUGCUUUACGGAAGCAUAUGAAGAGAAUUCAUAAGGCAAAUACACCUGAAGAUGCGUGUUCUGGUUCAGAAGACUCCGACCCUGCUCCUUCUGAUUCAGAUGACCGAAAGUCGCCGCUUUCUUGUCCAGAAUAGUCCAUUAUUUGUAUCAACAAUCUAAUAAGUUGUUCUGUUCAAAUCUAUUAUUGUUCCCAUUCAAACCAUUACCAUUUUACAAAUUUCAAAUUUAUGUAAGCAAUCUGUGAUAUUACUAUUAUUCUAUUAAUUUUGACGUUGAGAUAAAGUUUUGACAGUUUUAACAA